AUGGAGAAGAAAUCAAAGAGUCCUUCUCCUCCCAACUCAGACAAUGAUGAGGAGGAUGAGGAAGAGGAAAUUCAACAUCAUGAAUCACCGAGAGGUACUACACCUCCUCAUUCACCAACUCCCACCAAACCUCUUAAUGACAAGGUUCCAACACCUCCUCCAUCUCCACCAAAAACCAUUGUUCCAACUUUGGUUGCUCCUAUUCCACCACCUCCCACAUCUCAAACCACAACUUUUGUACCACCACCACCACCAGUUAGUUCCAUACCAAUUUCUACAACUCCUUUAACCCCUCCUAUCUUUUCACAAGCCACUACCACAACCAUUCCUACCACCAUAAUAACCGAACCUCCAGUAAACUUCAACAUAUCUGAUAUGGGGGCGGAUACUGAAGCUGAACCUCCUGUUAUUUCCAAACCAUUUUCACCCUCACCUUCCACCGAUUCUGGUGAUACUCUUGGUGGUGAUAAUGUUGAGUUUGACUCGACUUAUUACAGUCCAUAUCGGCUUCCAACAGAUGACGAUGAAGAGUCUCAUGUCUCACGACAACAAUUGCAGAGUAUUGUUGACAAGCUUGAUCAAUUGCUUGCCUCUAAAAAGUCAUACCAUGAUGUUGUGCUCAAAGAUUUUAUGGACACUGCUUUUGAGCAAUGGUGUUUCGUAGAGAUUCGUAACUCCAAAACAAGGGGAGAAGGUGCUCAUGCUACUCAACCAAAAGUCACAGUCAAAACCGAACCGAAGGGUAGUAAAGCUUCGGGUUCUAGUAAUCAAGAUAAGAAAAAGGGAUUAGAUGAUGAUAGUGAUGAAAAAGAAGAAACAAUUGUUGAGGCCCUAAAGCGAAAGAAAAGGGAUAAAGAAUUGGAUGAAACCCUUCAGGUUGCGAAGGAAGCUGAAGAAAGGGAGCGAAAGAACAAGGCAGAGCAAGAUGCUAUAAACUGUAAAAAGGCCUUGUUUCCUCUCUGGACAAGAGAAACGCUCAUCAAAGAGGCAAUAGAGUUUCCGAGCAUGUACUGGCUGGAACCUGUCGCUUCUUUUGAUUGUGAAAAUUCAAGGGACUCACAGUUCGAUAUGCCUAUAACACGAAAGACAUUUAAAUUUCAUUGCUUUGAUUCGACUGUUCCAGUUCCCUUCCCUCAUCCUAAAGUUGAUCGCGAACUUAUCGAUUUUUAUCUGAAGUUCGGUCAGCCAUAG